AUGCUCUGUGGCGUAACGGCAAUGCGUGAAAACAUACGCACUCGUAUGGAACACCAAGGGUGUGGUUUACAGCACGCUCGUCGGGAACACAAAGUGUGUGUUAUUGGCACUGCUGUAAGGAACAUAACAGUUGUGGGGCCAGCACUUGUGGAUCGAAACAAUGCCGGUGUGUUUUUUCAGCACAUGAAAGUUUCCAUAAGCACAAGGUGUGUGCUAUUCAGCAGUGAAGGUGUUCAGAAAUAG